GCAGUGUGUCACGCUUCGCGUUCCAGUUUAAGUUGGUCCGCCACACGGUGUGCAACUCUGCCACGGUGUGCUUCUUCCACGGCAGCAACUUGCGCCUCCUUGCAUCGAUCGAUCGUGAUUCCAUUUCCAGGAUCCUCUCGGCUUUCGAACGAACACGUUUGAAUUUGUGAGAUACGUUGGCUAUCGCAAAGUAAACGAAGUAAAGGCUUCGUGACUCGAGAGAGUGCGUUCGAUUUUGAAACAAGUACAUUCAGUGUGUCCGCGAGUAACCCAAGUUGAGAAAGGUACGUAUCAGUUACAAGUAUCCGUGCGAUUUGUCCGAAGCUUACCUUUUUCCGUUUUCAACUUCUCGACUUAAACACUGUCAACGACAUCUAACAGGUCGCGUGGUAAAAUAAACUCGGCUUUUUCUUUCCCACAAACCGGCUAUCCUGUCACUGAAUCAUGUUGUCUAUGAUCGUAUGAGUCAGUAACGUUAAGAAUGCUAAUUACGUACGGUAUGUAAGCAAGGCUUGAUUUACGAUUCCGAUUUCAUGACGAACGAUUCCGGCGUUCCGAAAAUCUCUGAGUUUCAAAAUCACACGUUCGAAAUCGCUUUUCGCGGCCUCGAAUUUACGCGAGCGAUACGUGGAUGUAUAUCGCGUUAUUUGUCACCGCCAAGGUUCAGUGCUCUUGAUGAAGGGGGAUUAGAAGCAAGGGGUUGGAAAGGAUUGAUCGUCGGACAAAGGGUAGACGCGAAAUCGUUCAAACUGGGUGACGGUAGAGGAAAGCAUCGCAGAGUGAGAAUGGCAGACGAGAGCCAGCAGGAGAGCCAGCCUGCUCCUAAGGAGCGCAAACUGAUCAGGCACAUGCCCCUUCUGACGAAAGUUUUGGAAGUUGUUUUGGCCGUGUUCUCGAUCGGAUUGAUCGUCGAUCCGCUGAACUCGUUCCAGAGGAUCUCGAUCAGGACGCAUUUCAAGCUGGACGAUGCUGCGAUCAUCUACAUCACUAUCGCCGGUUUCCUCAUAAUCAACACGCUGUUCAUCAUCUGCCAGCUGAUGGGCGAUCGAAUACCGAAGAGAACAUUGAUAGUGUUCUCGUCGGUCGGCGCGCUGCUGCACAUCGUGGCUGGGAGCAUAAUUGUCUAUAAUUGGAGGAAGAUUCUCGGCCCUUACUACAACAACAACGAAUACUAUCCGAGCAAACAGUACAUGGACAUGUUCAUAUCUGGCGCUGUGUUCACGUUCGUCAACGCGGUGGUUUUCUUCCUCGAGGUGUUCUUCAUUAUUUACUCGUCGAAGAGCAGCGAGUGAUGAAAAAUGACGAGAAACGACGCAACGAUCUUUUAGACUUUAGUGGAAACGCGUGCGAGACACAUUCGUAAGAGGAAUUUGACUCACAAAUACGUCCGUUCCCGACGCUGUUGUCGAAUAGAUAUGAAUCAAGUCAAGCCGAGUUCGGGAAAUCCAUGAAUAAUUGGAUCUUACGCAAAUUGUUCGAGAAACGAGUGUAAAUUGCUAUUGGAUAUUAAGAGUAACGGAUGAGUUAAGAGUUCAAAGGAUAGAAAAUCUGAGAAAGUUGCGUAUCAAAUGAAUUUCGUAAAAUUUUAUUUCAUAUUAUCUCAUAGGGACGACUUGUUAAAAAUUGUCAAGACACGACGUUGUUGAGGAGAGAUGGUUUUGCCACCGAAUGUGUUCUAGAUCGUGCACCGAAAGAAAUGAUCGUACACGAAAACG